AUGUUUCAGAAAGGGAAGUUUUGGGGAAUUCGAAAGCGUAGAAAAAAUCGUGUUAAGGUAUCUCCAGUCGGGCGCGAUCAGUACGUAGUGUCCUUCACUGUAAAUCAAUCCUCUGUUGAUGUCAAAUGGGGUUUGUACAUGUCUUCGGCUCCCUACGAUAUGGCUAUGAUCACGGGAAACUGCAAAAGAGCCAGAAAGAGUCCUUGCCUCAUGAGGAAUCUUCCGCUCGAGGAAAAAACCGUAACCGCUUGGCAAAUCAUUGGUCACACUGUUGUAAUAAGCAGUGGAAUGGAUACAGUCGCCUGCGCCACUGUUAUUUUGCCUGGACUACCCCUGAUGCGAGCUUCUUUUCAUACCCCUCCAGUCGAAGGGCAUAUCCACGUUAUUCCAUUCCUGAAUAUGGUUCGAAUAUUGCCCGAUUUGAAGUACUCUUCUGAAUUUGAAAACGAAGAACCGCAGAAAGCCGUAAUUGAAUGGGCAUUCACUAAAUCUUGCGAAGGAAACAUGACGGUUCCUGAAGAUAUGAAUGGAAACGAGCUGGGUGUCGAUUCCAGAUCGACGAUCACGAUUGCCCGUUCGUUCGGCAUCCGAUUUCGACAUGGGGACGCUACACAUAAGGUAGAUCCCAUACAAGUUUUCAGGGAUGACUGCUUGGAUAUGUCCACCGAAACCGUUCAUAGAAGUUUUGACAACUUUUAUCCCACUAUCAACAUUUUUGGAGCAGAAACUAUCGCAUUAAAGUCACUUGUUACGGACGAUUCAUGCGGUCCAUUACGGCCUCAGUUCCCGCGACCUGCUGCAACUGCUCAUUUUAUGUACCCCAUUGUAGGAAGAUUAGUGCUGGUUGACAUGGAUGACAGAAUCCUUCUCACUGGUGAGUUGCGUCAAAUCCAGGAAAGCGAGGCUAAACGUGCAACAGUGCAGGCGCUGGUCAAUAAGCAUAAGGUGUUCUCAGCUGUAACAGCUCAUGCAGUACCGGUUGAUAUGUCCAUUACUGAAAGCCAUCCUUGUGGCCUCGAAAGUCUCGGACCAAGCAAGCAGAAAUGGUGGAUUCAACGACUAGCUGCGAUCCUCAGCGGUGAAGACAACGAUACGACUGUCAUUAUUGGAUCGAAGCAGUUGGUCACAGGUCCGGAUAGCGUGCUAGGCAUCUCAGUGCAAUUGAAGGAGAAGAAUGCUGUUUCCUGUGGUCAUUUUGAACCGUUAACGGAAAAAAUAAUUGCUGUUGCAAAAUUUGAAAAUGUUUCAUUUGGCUAUGUGAAAAUGACCCAGCAUGGAACAUCAAACUGGGCUACUGGAAUUCCUACAGAGAUCUACUAUUCGUUGAGCAGCGCUGAAGUGGAAUGGGAGUUCGUAACACAGGUUGACUCAUGCUCGGACGCCCCAGUAUAUGAUCCUUUCCAUUUAAAUAGGAGCUUUUGCUCGUCAGCUGAUAAUGUUCUCUGUGCCAUAGGAGAUGUGCAGAAGAAGUCAGGCCCAUUAACCUUGAAUACCAGGCGGCAUCUCGUCGUCAGCAAUCUUCCUCUUUCUGGUCCUUAUUCUGAGGAAGACUGGCGACUUUCUGAAAUGCUUCAAAUGUUCAAUGUGGAACAGAAAAAGUUCAAGGCGGAUGCGGAUUUCGAAUGUGGCGAAGAAUUGCCAAUGGGACCUCAGACAUCUAGUUCUCCAUCGGCAGCGUUUUUUAUUCUAUUUUACGUAGUGCUCUUAAAUUCCUAG